CGGAGGUGAAUGUGCAUGUGGAGAAAGAAAGGAGGAAGAGCAACAAUAUCUUCCGCUGCUGACACUUUCUCUCUCUUUCUCGCUUUCUUGGUAUCCCUCAACCUCUCUCUGUCUUCCCUUCUUGGCUCCCUGUUCUCAGUGGAGGCCAUGAAAAGAAAGCAGCCCACUGGUCUUGGCAAAGGAAGCAUCUACAAAGGUGAAGAACCAUCUAAUAAAGCACUUGACCUGCCUAACAAUGGAGAUACAGAUGGAGAGAAAGUGGUAAUGGACAGGCUGGUCUCUUCUGUUGCAGAACCAAAGCUGAAUGGCACUGAAUGCGACAACACAAGGCACAAAAGCCCGACAUACAGUCCUACGUCAGGCCACACCAAAGGAUUAUCAUUGGUAAAUGAGAAUGGUAUGUUGGACAUGGAGACACCACACGGGUCUGUUACCGGGAGCAAUGGAUUUAUUCUCAUUCAGCCGCAACAGGAGGACAGCUCUGAAACCAUGCCUAGUUUGGCAUUGUCCCCUCACAGGACUAACAGGCCACAUUCAAAUGCCACCACUGGGGUCCAUUUGCCGAAACCUCCACCUCCCUCAGUCUCUGGGUCUCCUCAGAGGCAAGGUGACCUAAGGACUGACCCUGUUCCCGGAAUUACAUCAGGGGAGGAUACAAUAGACUUUAAAAAUGACACAGCGCCAGCCAGCACAGCUUCAGCCACCAUCAUGAUACACAGAGCUCGCAAAACCAUGUCCAGGCCUGCUGUCACUCUGGAACAAAAGCUUCUCAAGAAGGAAUUAAGAGAAGCAAAUAAUACCAAAAUGGAGACUUUGGUUUCAUCUGACACACUGAAACCUUCACAGCAGUGCUCAACAGAGAACCAUCUACCUCAGAAUCCUUCGGAUUUGCAAGCUUCAGCACAAACUGCUUCAUCUGCUUCACCAGCAACUCCUGUAGUUUCUUCUUCUCCAAUCACAUCUACGCCAGCCAAGCUCCAACACGGUCACACAGGUCCCAAAUCACACACAUUGAUACACCACCGAAUAAUUUUUGGAGGGUUGACUAUGCGUAAGAAGAAGAGAAGAAUGGGAACUUAUAGCCUAGUACCUAAGAAGAAACCUAAAAUUCUUCGUCAGACAACAAUGCUGGAAAUGUUUCAAAGUGUACACCAGAAUUCCAAGAGUCCUGAGACAAAUAUAAACGUUAAUGGAGAAAAGAUUGUUCAUGCAUCGGAGGAAGAGUCGGAUGAGGUGCAUUCUGAGGAAGAGCAGUUCCCAGGAGAGGAACUUGGCAUUGAUGUCCAACAAGCAAGUCCAAUGUUUGAGUCCAUUUCUCAGCUGGAGAAUGAGCAGGAAUCAGAGGGAUCUGGAGAAGAUGUAGAGGGUGAAGGCACAGAGUCAGACCUGAGCACAGAGUCUAGUCUAAAGAAGAAGUUAAAGAAGAAAGCAAAAGGAGACAAUGCUUGGCUCAGGCCAUCCAAGAAGCACAGAAAGAAUGUAAAGGUCAAAGAAUCAGAGUCCUUGGCUGAGCCUCAAGCUUCAUUUCUGAUGCACACAGAAGACAGGAAUGAAAACUCCCAGAUAACACCACCUGACAAGUGCUGCAAUCUCAAUGAGCCUGACGCUACUUUAAAUAGCAAAGAGACAUUAAGUUCAACAAUGGAGGAGGCUCAGGAGCUACCACUGUGCAGCUGCCGCAUGGAGACUCCCAAAAGUCGAGAGAUUCUCAUCCUAGCAGACAGGAAGUGCAUGGCUACUGAGAGUGUUGAUGGACAACUGACCCGCUGCCAGGGUGCUGUCUUGAAACAAGAAAUGAUGCGACCCUCCAACUCUGUUCAGCUGCUAGUUCUUUGUGAGGACCACCGCAACGGCAUGGUCAAACACCAGUGCUGCCCUGGCUGUGGCUUUUUCUGCAGAGCUGGGACCUUCAUGGAGUGCCAACCAGACAUAAACAUCUCGCAUCGCUUUCACUGUGCCUGUGCCUCGGUGCUGAAAGGUCAAAGUUUCUGCCCCCACUGUGGGGAGGAGGCCAGCAAGGCCAAGGAGGUUACCAUAGCAAAGGCUGACACAACCUCUACUGUACCCCCCACACUUCCUCACGGACCAGCACUGCCUGGAGCUCAUGAGGGCCGAGCAGACACAACUACUGGCAGCUCUUUACGCCCAGCUGUGGUAGGUGAUGGUAAUGGAAGAGCAGACAGCUCGCUCUGCAUUGGUUUAGCAUCCGGGUUAGACUCCCUUGCCGUUCCCGGAUCCUCCAAGAGCUCAGAACUGAAGGCUGAUAUUGAAGCAGCAGCCUCAUCUCCCAUUUUUCAGGGACCACCACGAGAAUCUCUUGAGAGCAUCCUGGUUGCUCUUGACACAGAAAAACCCAAGAAGCUGCGUUUUCACCCAAAGCAACUUUAUCUCUCAGCCAAACAAGGAGAGCUUAAGAAGGUUGUGCUCAUGCUGGUGGAUGGUAUUGACCCAAACUUUAAAAUGGAAUCGCAGAACAAACGCACUCCUCUCCAUGCUGCAGCUGAGGGAGGACAUCAGGAAAUUUGCCAUAUGCUUGUGCAAGCUGGUGCAAACUUGGAAACUUGUGACGAAGAUCAUCGAACACCGCUGAUGGAUGCCUGUGAAAAUAACCACAUAGAGACGACCAUGUACCUCCUAAGAGCCGGAGCCAGUGCUGUGCACAAGGAUGUUGAAGGGUUCACAUGUCUCCACCUAGCGGCCAAAUCUGGUCAUUACAAUAUUGUUGAAUAUCUUCUGUGCACAGGAUAUGUCAACAUAAACUGCCAGGAUGAUGGAGGUUGGACAGCUAUGAUUUGGGCCACAGAGUACAAACAUGUGGACCAGGUGAAGUUGCUUCUGUCCAAAGGAGCUGACAUCAGCGUCAGGGAUAAGGAAGAAAACAUCUGUCUUCACUGGGCAGCGUUCUCUGGCAGCGUUGAGAUUGCCACCCUGCUCCUGGAUGCAAACUGUGAUCUCAACGCAGUAAAUAUCCAUGGGGACUCUCCCCUACACAUAGCUGCUCGGGAGAAUCGCCUGGAUUGUGUUGUACUUUUCCUCUCUCGAGGGGCAGAUGUUUCCCAAAAGAACCGUGAAGGAGAGGCCCCUUCAGACUGCUGCAGCCACAACUCAAAAACCUUUGCUACCCUGCAGGCCAACAGGAGAGAGAAGGAUGCCAAGAACGUCAGGUUCAUUCAAGCACAGGAAAAAAGCCUUCACAGUGAUAUUGCUUUGGGGCAGGAGAGGGUUCCCCUUCCCUGUGUCAAUGCUGUUGACAGUGAACCUUACCCAGAUGACUACAAGUACAUUCUUGAAAACUGUUUUACUUCCCCGAUGAACAUUGAUAGAAAUAUAACUCACUUGCAGGUAAGUGGCUUCUUGAGAAAUUCAAGCCGGCGUCCCUCCUCCAUUCUGAAGCCAUCAAUGAUAUUUUUCUGUGUAUCCAUUACAAUACAGUACUGCGUUUGCAAGGAAGACUGUUCUUCAAGUGUCUGUAUGUGUGGACAGCUCAGUCUGCGUUGCUGGUAUGAUACGGGUGGUUGUCUUCUACCUGAAUUCUGCCGCGAGGAGCCCCCUCUUAUCUUUGAGUGUAACCAUGCUUGUUCCUGUUGGAGGACCUGCAGGAACAGGGUGGUGCAAAACGGACUCAGGGCCAGGCUUGAGCUCUUUAGGACCAGUAAGAAGGGCUGGGGUGUCCGAGCACUACAAGACAUACCACAAGGGACCUUUGUAUGCGAGUAUGUAGGUGAGAUCAUUUCUGAAGCAGAAGCUGAGAUGAGGCAAAACGAUGCUUAUCUCUUCAGUUUAGAUGAAAAGCCACAAGAUCUUUACUGCAUCGAUGCUCGUUUCUAUGGAAACAUCAGUCGGUUCCUUAACCACAUGUGCGAGCCCAACUUGUUUGCCUGCAGAGUGUUCACCACACACCAGGACCUGCGUUUUCCACACAUUGCCUUCUUUUCUAGUGAAAACAUCAAGGCAGGAGAAGAGCUUGGAUUUAAUUACGGUGACCACUUUUGGGAAGUGAAAAGCAAGGUGUUCAGCUGUGAAUGUGGCUCCUCCAAGUGCAAGUACUCAUCUGCAGCCAUGACAUCACUUCAGGCAGACAGCACGCCAGAGAACCAGCAGCAGCCCAGCGCCUCCCCCGACACCAGCUCCUCCAAUGGUCCCUCCAGCCCCUCUUAGAAGUUCACACACACACGUCACUUCUCCUGGACCUCAGGACACCUGUCCCAGCAUCCAGUAACGUUUUACACAUGAACGUGUACUGUAUAGAGACAAGAAACUUUGACACUUGGGAAAACAUUUUGUUAUGGUGAACAAGAUGCACAAUUGGACCCCUGAAGAAUGUACAGCUCCUGUUUGCCAUUAGGCUAAAUCUGACUGGAGAGGGUGAGGGGAGUUAGCAAACAGAAAGAAGGACAAUUCAAACAGUCUUUACAUUUCAUAUUUAAAUCCGCUGGGGAGAAAAAAAAUUAAGUUUUGCUGUCAGUUAUCAAGAAGCAUUCCACCAAAGUCAGCCUAUAUGUGUAAAUUUAAGUUACAACUUCAUGUCAUGAAAAGAUACAUCAAACAUUUGAUCACUGCUCCAAAUCUUUGAUAAAAAUACAUUAAUAAAUUGUUGCAAAAAUGGGUUAAAUUUGAGUAAAAAUACUUGAGAAGGAUGCUGUGUCUUUCCUUAAUAACGUAAACAAAUUACCUUUCGUUAAGCUUGUUUGUUGAAGACGACCUUAAUUAUCUAAUAGGACCCACAAUUGAUGCAGGAACGGAUUCUAACAGAUGAGUAAUAAAACUGGUGCUCUUUAAAAAAAAAAAAAAAAAAAAAACCCACUACCUUCUCAUUACCCAGCUGGACAUAAUUUGUAUAAGAGAAACUUACUUUGUUUUUUUUUUGUUUUUAUUUUCACUUUUAUUUCCAGUUUUGUAAUUGUACUUGUUAGUGAUUCUGUUAAUAUUUUUUUUCUAUGAUUUUGCCAACAUAUCCUUUUAAACGUCGGUAGUGAAGCAGUGAUGGUUGUUGAAAUUUUUGGAUUGAAAAAAAAAAAGUUACAAAAAUGCACUACCAAUAUUUUCUGUUACAAAUUCAUGGACCGUGAAACAUUUGAAUUGGGUGUAUCUUUUUCAAUAAAUUUACUACUAAUGUA